GAUGCAUUUGGUAGGUCAUUUAUGUAUAUGAGAAAGAGAAGAGGGCCAAGGACACUUCCCUGUGGGACACCAACUGUAAUUGGCUGAGCGGAAGAGUUUGCCCCAUUUGUGUACACAUAUUGGCUUCUGUUGCUGAGGAAGCAUUACAUCCAGUACCCAUUGAUUACCAACCACAAGCAACUUGCUGCCCAGUCCUACUGCUGGACCACUGACUACAGGCAACUUCUUGGCCAGUCCCACUCCUGGAAUCACUGACCACAGGCAACUUCUUGGCCAGUCCCACUGCUAGACCACUGACCACAGGCAACAUCUUGUCCAGUCCCACUGCUGGACCACUGACCACAUCGCACUCAGUUCCACCGACAGCAAAGUUUCACUCACGGACCAUUGAGGAUGGAUAACUACAAUCCAGAGGAGUGUAAAGUGUGCUUUAACAAUUAUGAUGAAGAACUACGACGACCACGCAAUCUGCCGUGUGGUCACACAUUCUGCUCACAGUGUAUUGAAGAUACAAUACAGAAUGCUCAGCUCAUCUGCCCCAGCUGUCGUGCUAAGCACAGUGCCACAGAUGCUACUCAGUUCCCGAUCGUUUAUGCUAUUGAGGCUUUUAUGAAGAAACUCAGAAGUAUCCAGGUUACAUCAGUGGAAACAGUGUCAACAAAAUGUGGUCAAGAUCGCACAAGAGGCAUCAGCAAGAAGUUACGGUCUUUGGUACAGGAACACAAGAGAAGUAUCAGUAACCUUAUAAGUGAGUGUGAAGAAGCACUGUCCCAGCUGAGCAAGUACCAGGGGCAGGUGAGGGACUGGAAGACCCAGCAUCACCAACUGCAGGACAGACUCCAUGAUCUGCUGGAGCAGAACAAGGCAGCAAUAGAGCUCCUGGAGCAGGAGGAUACCAGUGUGCUGACUAUGACAACAGAAGGAGAGGCAGGAAAGAAGCAGCUGCAGACAAUGCUGGAGAACCUCAACACAGUCAACACUGCAGAGGAGGUUGUCACAACCAUUGAUGAGGCUGAUUACUACAAUGUGGAGGUUGAAGAUUGGAUCCAGAAGUGCCAGGAACUCUUCCCAGGUGUCAACACUGUCUACACCUUAGUAAACGUACAGGAGACCAUUAAGAAGACCCUGGACACCAUCACCACAGAGACAGGUGCUACAGCUGCCUCCAUUCUCCAGGGAGACUCAGUCACCGCCAUCAUGGAGAAAGUUAAGAAAAUUAUUGGUAAACCCUCCAGAACAUUAACUGUUGAUGAUCUUCGUGGGAUGAGUGAGAACGUCAAGAGGAUGGUGGAGGCUGGCCUGGUGUUUGGUGUCAAGCAAGACCAAGAUGACCUCUGCUACUCCAGAAUAACUUUACAAGAUGGUCAGCUGUAUCUCCAUGUUCUCCAGCACCAACCACCACCCACCCACGCCCGCACUAUCCAGGACACACCGGGACAGCAUCGUGGAGUUCGACCGCGAGGCAGCUGUCAGGUGUGCCACAGGCAGUGUGUACUCAGUUCCUCAAGCUUCAACAUCCGUGCACACGAGGGCCUGGGAUCUUCAAUCAACUUGGCGUCCACCAGGACGCUGACAUGUCCCUAGGGCAGCCCUCCAUCGGGCUGCUAACGAAAUCACUGGCUUCUUGGACCUCUUGGGGAGGGUCGAUGGUGCUCGUGCAAGCAGCAGAUCCCGGGGCAACUUGCUGCUAUUUGCAAUGGCUGUCUGCCGAGGAGAGACAGGCACCUAGCAACAUCUGUUGUUGGG